AUGCAGCUGUACAUGGAUUUGAUCUGGCUGAUCGUGAAGCAAGAGUCAAUCUGCGAUCACCGCCUCCUCAACUUCCAGCAAGUUCAAGACUUUCUCGUGGCUCAUUUCCCUGACCGCAUCGUCAAAGUGUUCCUGCGGGAGCCUUCUCCUCCCACCUACGAUAUGAUGUUGGCCAACGAGCGACUCAUGUUCAAGGAGUGCGACAUGAAGAUCUUUCCUUGCUGGCAAGGCAGAGGUAGAGUUAGGCAUCAAGGCGGGUGGAUCGAGUACUUGUGGGCGAGGACAAGCGUGCUUCCUAUCUCCAGUAGCCUAGUUCCUCGCCUUUACCCCGAGGGGUCUCUUAAGCUUGCAAACAGUCUUGCGAGGCUGGCCGACAACGUCGUCACGCUGCAUGACCAAGGAGUUGCCUAUCUGAGCUUGUCUAGCGUCUACCUCUGCGUGUGUGAGGACACGUUGGACUUCUGCCUUGUCGGAGCUGAAUAUGUUCAGAACCUGGGGAGGGACUUGGAACUGAGCUACGAAUAUCCUGACUGCGACGAUGCAGCGUUUCCAGAGAGCUUCCGUGAGAGGUUGGAGCGCAUGAUAACGAAGAGGAGUGGUAUCCUCGUGAUCGAGCUCAAGCGCUAUGCCCUUUGCUCCAUCUUAUGGAGGGCGAUCGGAGAAUGCACGGCGCACUUCUCGGUAGACGUCAAGACGCUGCUGAAAGGAGCUCUGUGCAUGGCGCAGCGACCGGCAGCUUGCUGGACCCUUCUGAACCUCAUGAGGAAGUUUCUUGCGCAGGAAGAGGCUCAGGAGAGCAUCGACCGCUGCUCUGCUUUCUUCGACAGGACGAAGAUGCUAGCUUACAUGCACUACUAUUAUCGAGCCGUUGCCUGCAAGGGCAGCAUGCAAAGCAGCAGGCUGGGGCUCUUUGAAGAGAGCCUUGCAAUCUUGAUAGACCUUGACAGUGUGCAGAACAGAAUCGAAAUGCCUCUGUGA